AUGAAAGUCAAAAGGUGAGUGCUCACGCGUUUCAACUGAAAAAAGGUGUGAUUGUUACAGACUGAAACGAGCAAAUCGUCUGCUCACAUUCUACAAAUACAACUACAAAUUUGUUCCCCCGUAUCGAGUCCUGGUCGAUGGAACGUUCUGCAAUGCGGCUCUUCAGGAAAAACUGAACCUUGCCGAACAAAUUCCCAAAUAUUUGACGGAGGAAACACAUCUGAUGACCACAAAUUGUGUGAUCAAGGAGCUCGAGAAGUUCGGACCUCUUCUUUACGGUGCUCUAGUAAUUGCGAAACAAUUCGAAGUAGCAGAAUGUACACACGCGACACCACGAGCUGCUUCUGACUGUCUUGCACAUUUGGCACGACGAGCAGCGAGCGGAAAGACGAAGUAUCUGAUUGCAACACAAGACGACGAACUGACGGAAAAGUUGAGAGCCAUUGUGGGAACGCCCAUUAUGUACAUCAAGUUCAAAACAGUUCUUCUGGAUAAUGUGAGCUUCGCAAAGUAUUUUCACAACUCAAACGACCCAUUUACAGGUUUCUGAAGCAACAAAAGCCGGAUGUGCCAGGGAAGAGUCUGAAAUUCAAAAGUUGAAAGCGUUAAAAGAAGUCGUCAUCGGAAAAGAGGAGGUGAAAAAGAAGAGAAAGAAGAAGGGAGUGAAUCCGCUUUCGUGCAAGAAGAAAGUGAUGAAGGCGUCAGUGGAAACGGUUCGAACGGGAGAGAGGACAUCAUCGGGAAAGCGGAAACGUUCGAAGAAGAAGGCGCCCGCGGAAGAUGUCUGA